UUUAUCUUAACUACUAGGCGUUCGUUGAUUUAAAAAAAAAAAAAAAGGCCUGUGUAGCCUUCCUUCUUGAACAGCAGUGCUACUGUUCGACAUAUCACAGAUCCUUCUUUAUCGCAAACCUAUCCCUUCGCUUGAAUACAGAUAAGAAUAACAGUGGACACUAUGACUUACUACCUUUUUUAUUUCCUGACCAUCUCCGUUGUGGUCUGCGGUACAGCUCUGUAUCUGACCCGAUCUCGAUGGAUACCCCUCCUACCUGUACCCGAUUACAUCUAUGACCGUCUCCCAUCCAGCUUCGCCGGGGAUCUAGAAGCGGGCCUUACGUCGUCGGAGUUUGAUCUCAACGCCAAUCUUGAGAAUGGCGACCAAAGGGCCGGCUUAGAUGCCCGAGCUAAGCGUGAAGUCUUGAGGAUCAUGAAACGCCAAAAGGUCAAUUUUGAUGAAGCACGCCGGAUUUACACUGAGCAGCGAUUUGCCAAAAACAACAUCGGUGCUGAUGGCCGGCCCAGGGAUCCAAAAUUCGUAUCUUUUUCGUGACGUUCUUGGUUUUUUUUUUUUUCAUUUUCAUUAUUUCCUCUCUCUCUCUCUCUCUCUCUCUCUCGGACACAUUUCCUAUUGUUAACUUGCAACCCAUUAAUCAGGCUAUUUUUACCUUUUGGUCGUUGCAGCUGUCGUCGCUUACUUGCGUAGUUUUUUUUUUUGAAAUUUCUCUUUGGUUAUUUCAACUUCGAGGAUGAGCUCUCUGGGGUCGACCUGGGAUGGUCUACCCUUCAAUGGGUUCAACCCAAUAAUUCUGCGUAUUGUUUUAUGGAGAUCUCUACGGACCACUUUUAUGUUUUGUAUUUAGCCAUAUAUAACACCAUUCAAAACGGCUCUCAUCAGUUACUCGGUCUAUCAUUCUAGGCUUUGGGUAACUUGGACUGCGCGUAGUAACCAGUGAGAAUAGAAUUACAUUUCGUU